UGUUGUAAAUGUCGGGAGUCAUUGAAUAAUUUUUCAUGUUUUAAAAAGUACAUAUAAAAAUAAUGUAUAAAUUAAGAAUCAUCUUUUGGUCCUGUCAACUUAUAUUUUUUUAUCUGAAAAUAUCGCUUGCAGUACCGGUGAACAAUCCAAUUGCUGUAAAUAACAAUAAUAAAAGUAAUCCUGAUUUUAGUUCAAGUUUUGCAAAACAAAUUUUACGUCUCUCCAGAACAGCUGAAAUAAGCAGCCUACUUAAUACAAAAGCGAAUCCAUGUGAAGACUUCUAUACAUACGCUUGUGGCAACUGGCAUCGCAGCAAUCCUGCACAGUUGUUCACGAGCAUUAUGACGGAUAGAUUCCAAAUGAUAGCUCAAGUAUUCGAUAGGCGUUUGAAGAGAUUUCUAAACUUGCCGCGAAGUGGUAAUGACCUCGAAGAUAAAGUGCGUGAUUUUUAUCAAGCCUGUUCGGUGGUGAAAAGUAAUAAGAUACAAUACAGUUUGGCAUUGGAAAACCUAUAUAAGGAGUUUGGAUCAUUGCCUGCACUGAUUGGUGAUCAGUGGAACGAAACUGCAACUGAUUUCAAUUGGUGGAAAACAGCUGCUAAAAUUCAACAUAAAUAUGGGCAUCAAAUUUUGUUUGCUGUGGAUGUAUUUGAGGAUAUACGAAAUAGUGAUCAAAAUCGCAUUUAUUUGGGACCACCGGAGUUUACCGCCACUUCAAGUACAAAAAUAUUGAAUAUUUUGCAAGAAGUCAGCGCUUCAAUGCGUAUGGAAGAAGUGCUUGGUGUGGAACAUAGUGUUGCCAAACAAACCGCCAAAGAUAUAUUUUUGUUCGAACAGAAACUAAUACGUGGUGCUUCGAAUGCUCGCUCUGGUCUUGGUUUAAAUGAUCUGCUGACAUUGCGAAAAGUUGAUGAACUGCAAAUGUUAUACGCCUCACAAAAUUUUGAUCUACGUAAGUACUUGCAAAUUGUUCUAGGUACAGAACCACCUAAUGAAAUUUAUGUCUAUGAUGAGGAUUAUAUUGAUAGCUCGAUUCAAACCUUGCACGAAGCAUCUGAACGCACUAUUGCAAAUUAUAUAAUUUGGCAACUGCUGCAAGAGUAUAUGAUUGAAGCGGAUGAGGAUGACCUAUUAAGUUGGUGCAUAGAUAAAACGAAGAAAUAUUUUGGCAAAUUUGUGGAUCACAUGAUUUAUGAAAGCUAUAGAAGCGAUAAGGCUGAACAAGAAGUGUAUGAUGUAUGGACGCAGAUACGUGACACAUUCCGUAAAAAUUUAUUAGGCGAUAAAUUGGAUUGGAUCUCCAACUCCACACGUACUUAUGCUAUUGAAAAAUUAGAUACAAUGAAAUUAGCUAUUAAUUCAUAUGAUAAUGAGAACUUUACUGAACACUAUGGUGAGUUGGAAAUUGAUCGUUUGAAUUAUGUUAAAAAUGUACAACAAAUACUUAUGCGAGAAAGUAGUAAUAAAUUUAGCAAACUUAAUAGUACUGCUGCCAGCAUUGAUGCCACAGAGGUGCUGUCUUUUACUCCGGCAUAUAAUAUACUCGAAAAUAAUAUCAAAAUACCAGUGGCAUUUUUACAACCACGUUUCUUUUGGGAUGAUACUUCUCCAGAAGUGCUGAAAUUUGCUACUUUAGGCACACUUAUCGCACAUGAGAUGGUACAUGGAUUCGAUGACGAUGGACAUAAGCUUGAUAAGAAUGGUAAAACACAUAAUUGGUGGGAUGCGAAAUCUCAGUAUGAAUUUGAUGAACGACGUAAGUGUUUCCAGGCACAAUAUCAUAGUUACAAAUACGGGGGUACACAAUUGCCAGAGAGUGUAUCACAAUCGGAAAAUAUAGCAGAUAAUGCAGGUGUAAAAAUAGCCUAUGCUUCUUAUAUUAAUUGGUUGAACUCACAAAAGAAAGAAAAACCUGAUAUAGAAGAAUUGGAAGCACUGCCGGGUUUAGCUUUUAAUAAUCGUCAAUUGUUCUUUUUGAGCUUUGCGCAGAUGUGGUGUGAUGAUGUGCAAACUUUAUUUAAAUCUUCUGUCGCUUCGGAGGAUAUGCAUGCACCAGGAAAGUAUCGUGUUAUUGGACCAUUGUCAAACUUUCAAGAGUUUUCUUGGGUUUUUGAGUGUAAACAAGAUGCACCAAUGGAUCCAGAGUAUAAGUGCUCGAUAUACUAAAUCAUUACUGUCGUUUAACAAAAUUUCAAAACAUUAUAUAGAUAAGAAAUAAUGAAUACAUAUAGAAUGAAAAAGCGCUUUUCUAUAACCAUUUCUUUAUUCUUUAUUUAUUAGUGUUUAUAGGUUAAUUUAAAUACAAAUAUUGUAGAAUUACUAUUGUUAAUUUCACAAGGAAUAUUAUUUUUUAUAAAUUUUUUGUUAAU